AUGGCGUUGGCCCUUGAUUGCUACUGUCUUUUGUUGCAGCUCUUUUGGCUUGCAGAUCUGAAAGAAGAACAAGGAUCUGCCGCUGCUCUCUUCUGCCAUCAGAUGGAGGUCGCACUAACAGUGGGGGGAUGGUUCGCACAGGCCUUCAUCCAGACCUUGGUCAAUAAGGCCUCGGACCCAGCCAUCAAACUGUUUGCCGAGGGCCAGGGUUUCAAGGAGGACCUGGAUAAACUGCGGAUCUCACUGCUGGAGACUCAAAUUAUCCUUGACGCGGUGCAGACAAAUCGGAGCAACAACACAGAGUGGAAGACGUUGAUGCAGGAACUCAAGGAUGCUGCUUAUGAUGCUGAGGACUUGAUAGAUGAGUUCCAAUACCAUGUCCGCAGGCGGAAGAUCAAAGGCGAAGAAGAGGACAAGGCAAGUGGUUCCGGUGGCCUUUCAAACUUUUUGUCUGCUUCAAAAGAAAACUUGUUGGGUUCUUCUCAUUCCUUGGACCAAGAUGAUAUGAGAGCUAGAGUGAGGAAGAUUCAAGGAAGGCUGGAGGGAAUUGCUAAUAGAAUGCAGAGCAUCAUGAAUGUAUUACCACCAAAUGAUAGAGGGAAGCAGCCUGAGGUGAAGUUUCAGGCCAGAGAAUCAUGCUCUUCCCCGGUGACGGACAAAUUGUUUGGCAGAGAUAAAGAACUGAAUCAAGUGGUAGAGUGGUUGUUGGGGGUCAGCCGGGUGGAACCAAUCUUGCUCGAUGGUUUAGAAGGAUAUUUCUUUUGCGAAUUGUUCAAGAAAUGCUCAUUUGGCACACUCAACCCUGAAGACUAUCCGGAACUAGAAGACAUUGGUAGAAAGAUUGCUCGUAAGUUGAAGGGCUCACCAUUAGCUGCAAAGACAGUUGGCAGGUAUUUUGCAUUUUGCUCGUUGUUUCCUAAAGACUACAGAUUCGAUAAAGAUGAGUUGGUUCGAAUGUGGAUGGCCGAAGGCUUUAUCGAAGAUAAACACACAAAGAGGAUGGAGGAUGUUGGAAGCAACUAUUUUCUUGAGUUUGUGAAUAGGUCUUUCUUUCAAGAAUUCAGUUAUUAUGGAUCAUAUCUAUUUGUGAUGCAUGACCUUAUACAUGAUUUAGCUGAGAUGAUUGUUGAGGAAGAGACAUAUAGAAUUAAAAGUAAUGAACGAACAAAGAUACUUUCCACAAUUCGUCAUCUACGAGUAGCAGAAAGAAUAUUGCCGUUGGAGUUCUCUGGAUAUGGCAAGUUGCGCACCUUGGUCUUGAGAAAUUCACCUCCCGACAGCCUCUUUGAAAUGCUAAGAAGCAUUCGCGUUCUGGAUGUAAGUCGGUGUGGCUUGCAGGAGUUAUCUGAACAUAUUGAUGGCAAGUUUUUGGUGUUGAUGAAGGAUGUACGGAGACUAACUAAUCUUCAAGAAUUGCCAAUAUUUAGUGUUCAAGAGGACGAUGGACUCAAGCUUGGACAACUAAAGGAUUUGACACAGCUCCAUGGAACACUUGGUAUUUACAAUCUUCAGAAUUCUGUUGAUAGCAAAGAAGCAAAUCGGGCUGAGUUAAAGAACAAAGUCCACCUAAAAGAAUUGCGGUUGGAAUGGAAUCAUGAGAAUAAGAAGGAUGCCAAGUUGCAAGAGGAAGUAAUUGAAGGUCUGCAGCCACACGAAUCUCUUAAAAUAUUGAGAAUUAGAGAGUACAACGGAGCUAAGUCACCUAGUUGGUUGAUGCCAAAAUUUCUAUCCAAUUUGGAAAAACUUGAAUUAGAAUUUUGCAUGGGAUGGGAUGACGUUCUGCCAUUUAUUGGUCAACGUUUGCAUCUAAUUGAACUUCGCUUGUUCUUCAUGCCUGCUUUGAAACAACUCAGUCAUGAAUUUGAAGGCAAGUGUUUUCCAAAGUUGGAAGUGCUUCACUUAUGCCACUUGGGAGGAUUGAAGGAGUGGUCUUGGAUUCAGAGCAAAGAUCUAUUUCCCUGCUUGCGUAUACUUUGUGUCAGAGGUUGUCCCAAACUAAAGAGAUUACCUCCCUUCCCUCUUUCCCUGGAAACGUUGAUAAUAGAUAACUGUCCCAGCCUCAAAUUAAAUAGUCAAGCGGAAGACGACGAGGACGGUGGCUGCCAUCUACCGACCUCAGUCAAGGUAUUAUUUUUGACAAACUGUGGCGAAUAUGCAAACCUUUUGCCCGACUGCUUGCACAGCCUUCGUUUAGUUACUCGUUUGACAAUAAGUCAUUGUCCACACAUAACGUCUAUUCCUCCGGUUCAAUUGGUAGAACUGCAAUAUUUGUACAUCUCUAACUGUGAUGAGUUGAGACGGAUGGAGUGCUUAGGACUCCUUAAAUCCCUCAAGGAAUUGAAGAUCGAAGGAUGUCCUGAGUUGAGUUUGAUGGACCGCUUAGGACUCCUUAAGUCCCUCAACGAAUUGAAGAUCGUAGGAUGUCCUAAGCUGGCACAGUUGGAUGUGGAAGAUGAGCAAGCAGGGAGCUUGUCAUCUCUGCGUAAAUUAUGCGUGGACAACACUGCUCUGCUUAAAAUGUUUCCUCUGAGAAACGCACUGUCAUUCAUCACAGAACUUACAAUUCAAUCCUGUUCUGAGGAGGUGAUAUUCGAGGAGGCGAUAUUCAUGCAAAGCCUCACUGCUCUUACAUCUCUAAGCUUCGGGUAUUGCGAGAAACUACAAUAUCUGCCGACAGAGCUGCUGCAUUGCCUUCCCUCCCUUGAAGAAUUAAUAAUAUAUCGCUGUCCACAGCUCCAAUCAUUGCCAAAGAAAGGACUUCUUCCUUUCCUACGGAUGUUAAAAAUAUAUACCUGUCCACAGAUCCAAUCACUGCCAGAGGAAGGACUUCCUCCCUUUCUGGAAGAACUACAUAUAUCUCAAUGUCCACGGAUGCAAGCGAAGCCAGUUGAGGAGCUUCCAAAGUCACUAGAUGUUUUCCAUUGCUCGACCCUCGAUGCUCAUCCAACGCUGAAGGAGCAGAUAGAAAAGUUCUACGCGGAUAAAUAUAGGAGAGCAAGGUUGGAAUUGGAAUGA